ACUGGGACAGGAUUGGGAUUUCCAUAUAGACAUAUGGAAGUAUGGGAUAUAUAUACCCAGGAAUAACACAACCAUGCCACCAAAAAGGGAUUUGUCUUCUGACCAGAUCCAAGAAAUAUGCUGCCUUCGCGUUGUGCUCCCAGCAAGCGAGGUCAAAAUAUUGGAACCCUGAGAUUAUCAAAGUGGAAGUGACCGCUGAGGGUGUGCCCAAUCAACUCUUUAGUCAAGGCAUUACCAGCAGUGGGAUGAGAUUAAAAAAUUGCCGGCGAUCAAGCGUCCACCGGAAAUGAACGCGAUCGUCAAGGAUCUCGGUCUCGUCUCCGUGACAGUAGGACAAUACCUUACGACCAAGUAUACGUUGUGGUUGGACAUGCGAUCCACGGACGACGAUCGGCCUUUAAACAUUUUUGUCAAAUAUUAGACAAUGAUUAUACAAGUGUUAGACAAGUAUAGUUAGACAAGUGGUAAACAAGGGUGUGCACCAUGAGGAGAAGGAUACCAGAGAGGACCAGGCGGAUGCCCUUCUUCAGUUACAGCGGAAGACCUCCUCACUUGGUAUGGUUGUCAGGUCAAUGUACAAGUACCUCUCGGCAUGUAAUGCAACAUAGGAAUAAUACAAGCGUGACCAUCGCAUUAGUCAAAUUCCUGUUACAAGUGCAGCGUAGUUUGAUUGACAGUGAAGUUUGCCUACAAAUAUAGAGUACUCCACACUCAAGCACACAUUCACUUGGAUGACAUACAGUCCGUAAAGACAAAAGACUCGUUCAACAAUAUGGUGUUCCGACUGUGUCUGUGUGUAGUGUUGCUGGUUGCGUGUGGAUAUGCUAACAUAUCCGGCGACUACUGUCAGGUUCUGGACACCUACGAUACUUUUAAGACAUCCAUGGAUAACUUCCUGGCCUCCAGGGAUGAACUCUGUGGGAACACGGACAUGCGCAGUGAUUGUAGGAGCAUCCUGGAUGAGUUUCCCGAAGCUGAGGACGGAGUUUACCGAAUCAAACCGACAGAUGGGAAGGGGUCAUUUUUGGCCUACUGUGACAUGACUCAACAUGGCGGAGGAUGGUUUCAGGCAAUAUCUGCAGCAUGAUAAUUCUUCCUUCAA